CCGCCGCGGCCGCCUUCCUGCUGGGGACCGUCCUGUCCUUCCUCUACUGGCGCCAGCGAGCCCCGACACCCCGUUUCCCCGCCGCUUGGCGAAGGCUAGCGCCGGCUGCCCGCAGCCCCAAGACGAAUUCUUUGCCUAGAAAUAUACAAGAGUCGGUUCCGCCUAGAAGGGUAGUCAUUUCUCAUAAUAUGGAUAAAGCUCUGAAAGAAGUGUUUGACUACACUUAUAGAGAUUACAUUCUGUCCUGGUAUGGAAACCUCGGCAGGGAUGAAGGAAAGCUUUACCAUCUGCUCUUAGAAGACUUUUGGGAAAUAGUCCGACAGCUGCACCACAGACUGAGCCACGUGGACGUAGUGAAAGUCUUCUGCAAUGAUGUUGUGAGGGCUUUAUUCACUCACUUCUGUGACCUGAAAGCUGCUGCAACUGCCAGACAUGAAGAUCAACCGAAGCCUUUUGUGUUGCAUAAUUGCUUGAGGAACUCAGAUGAUGAAGUAAGAUUCCUACAAACAUGUUCUCAGGUUCUGGUGUUUUGUCUCGUCCCCUCAAAGGAUGUCCAGUCCCUCACCUUACGUAUAAUGCUUGCAGAAAUACUCACAAGAAAAGUCAUGAAACCUAUAGUGGAGUUACUUAGUAAUCCAGAUUACAUUAACCAGAUGCUGCUUACGCAGUUGGAGCGCAGAGAACAGAUGAAUGAACAUCACAAAAGAGCCUAUACCUAUGCUCCUUCUUAUGAAGAAUUCAUCAAGCUGAUCAAUAGCAGUUCUGAUGUUGAGUUCUUGAAGCAACUAAGGUAUCAAAUUGUAGUGGAAAUAAUCCAAGCAACGGCAAUUAGCAGCUUCCCCCAGAUGAAGAGGCACAAGGGUAAAGAAACGGCUGCCAUGAAAGCUGAUCUCCUGAGGGCCAGGAAUACGAAAAGGUACAUCAACCAACUGACUGUAGCCAAGAAGCAGUGUGAGAAGAGAAUCCAAAACCUGGGGGGCCCUAUCUACAACCAGAAAGAGGAGGGGACCUCAAAUGAUGGAGAACUGCCACAAAGUCAGAAGAUUCUUCAAUUCGAAGAUAUCAUGACCAAUACUUCCUACAGAGAGUACUUUCGGCUGUACAUGGAAAGGAUCCACAAGGGAACUCUGUUUAGCUUUUGGGAAUCGGUGGAAUAUUUAAAGAAUGCUAACAAGAAUGAAAUUCCGCAGUUAGUGGGUGAAAUCUACCAGAAUUUUUUUGUAGAAAAUAAAGAGAUAUCAGUGGAAAAAUCCCUUUACAAAGAAAUCCAGCAAUGUCUUGUAGGAAAUAAAGGUAUUGAGGUGUUCUGCAAGAUCCAGGGUGAUGUUUACAAGAUCCUGAAUGACAGAUUUUAUCCCUCUUUCAUUGUCCAUGAUCUGUAUGAGAAAUUGGUCAAGGAAGAGGAAGAGGCUUCAAAGUUGAUUUCUAACAAGGACCACCUGGGCCCUGAAGAUGAGGUGGGAGAGGAAGCUGUGGAUGAGUGUACCAGUCAACAAGUCGGAUAUGCAGUAAGCAAACUACAAGAACUAAAUGAGAAACUUGAGUAUAAGAGGCAAGCUCUAAGUUCUAUCCAAAAUGCACCAAAACCCGACAAGAAGAUCGUUUCCAAGUUGAAGGAUGAAAUAUUGCAAAUAGAGAAAGAAUGCAAAGAUCUUCAGCUGCACAUGGCCAGAACAGAUUGGUGGUGUGAGAACCUGGGUCUGUGGAAAGCAUCCAUCACGCAUGGAGAGGUCACAGAAGAGAAUGGUGAGCAAAUGCCCUGUUACUUUAUCUUGGUAAGCUUACAAGAAAUUGGGGAAGUUGAGACCAAGAACUGGACCGUCCCCAGAAAACUCAGUGAAUUUCAGAAUUUGCACCGGAAACUUAGUGAGUGUUUCCCUUCUUUAAAAAAAGUCCAGUUGCCUUCUCUUAGCAAGCUGCCUUUCAAAUCUAUAGAUCAAAAGUUUAUGGAAAAGUCCAAGAAUCAAUUAAAUAAAUUUUUACAGUAUCUGCUUUCAAAUGAAAGAUUGUGCCAGAGUGAAGCCCUUUAUGCCUUUUUGAGCCCUUCUCCUGACUACCUCAAGGUUAUUGAUGUGCCGGGGAAAAAGCCCAGUUUUUCAUUAUCCUCAUUUCUGGAAAGACUUCCUCGUGAUUUUUUCUCCCACCAGGAGGAGGAGACCGAGGAAGACAGUGACCUGUCAGACUAUGGGGAUGAUGUGGAUGGAAAAAAAGACUCCUUGGCUGAACCAUGUUUCAUGCUGAUUGGGGAGAUUUUUGAACUUCGAGGAAUGUUUAAAUGGGUGAGAAGAACACUAAUUUCACUUGUUCAGGCCGCUUUUGGAAGAACCAUCAACAAACAAAUCCGAGACACAGUGAACUGGAUUGUCAGCGAACAAAUGUUGAUUUACUACAUUAAUGUUUUCCGGGAUGCUUUUUGGCCAAAUGGGAAUUUGGCACCACCAACUUCAAUCAAGAGCCCAGAACAAAGUCAGGAGACAAAACGGAGAGCACAGCAGAAGCUACUAGAAAACAUUCCAGAUAUGCUUCAAAGCCUUUUUGGACAGCAAAAUGCCCGUCAUGGUAUCAUAAAAAUAUUCAGUGCACUGCAAGAAACAAGAGCAAAUAAGCACCUAUUAUAUGUGCUGAUAGAAAUGCUGCUAAUUGAACUGUGUCCUGAGCUAAGGACUCAUUUAGAGCAUCUGAAAGCUGGUCAAACCUAAAACGACUCGAAUCAACCAUCAGAGAAAUGUCUGUGUAAUAAUAGACAUGAAACAUUUUCCUCUUUUCCACAGAGGACUCGAUGGGGAACACAUUGGUUUGUUUUUUUUUUUUUUAGUUACCUCCCUCUAGUUUGAUGUGAAGUCAGCAAAGUAGGGUGUGGGGACUCAAUUCUGUAGGUAAUAGGUAACAAAAAUAAAAUGUUUCUGUUAAUUAUUGACUUUUAUUUUAAUAAUAAUAUAAAUAUGUUACAGUUCAGCAGAUUGAAAUACAAAUGUUAAUAUGUGAUAAGAACCUAGGAAAUAUUUUAAAUAUUUAUGAAAACAGUUUGUUUUAAAAUAAACUAUGACUAUUGUACAGUUAAUUUCCUCACUGAGGAUUCUGAACAUUCCUAUAUUAUUUCAUGUGUUUUGAGAAACAUUGUUGUGCAAUUCUUUGUGUAAAAUUCUUGUGAAAACUUUACUCUUUAUUUUUACCAAAGACUUCCCAUAGUUUGAAGCAUUUGAAGCAAUAAAAUAUAAAAAAUGAAUCAUAGAA